GUUAUGUCUAGGUGACUACACUGACAACCACAGACGAAUCCGGUAUGACUGGGUAUGCGGAAAAGAUUGACCAGCAGUUGGAAAUCCUCUGGGCCAAGGAAGAGUACAACAAUGAAGAAUCUAAAAAGGCUGUCCAGGCGAUCGGUGAACUGUACUGGCAGAAGAAGUACAAGGAGAGAGGGACCAAGAGGGCCAUCGCUGAUUACCUGGCCAAUCAGGGAGCAGCAGAAUUGUUUGUAAAGAUGAUGACGUCCCUGGGUAACCAGGGGUUGUUUAAGGACAACGUGACGUGGUACGCGGCGUACUACACCUACAACACGACAUGGAACUUCAGCGAUGCCAGUACGCUGCUCUGUCGUAAGCUGGGAGAAGCUGGAAUCGUCAAACUCUUAUUGGCUAACGCUGGGCACGAACCAUUUAGAGAAAACUUGAAGAGCAAGAAUGUUUUAUAUCUGGUGAAGUCUUCCAUCAGUAUCCUGAACAACAUGACCAAGUGUCCAGAGAACAGGCAGUACUACCAGGAGGGGAACGCAGUAGAGGUGUUGCGACCGUACAUGACCUGUUCAGAUGCCUUUGUGAAGUCUGUCAGCAUGAUGACACUAGCAAAGAUCAUUGAUGAAGAGCAGAGUGAGCUGUUAGCAGAAGACACAGGUGCGAUUGAUUUCCUGAUCAACAUGCUCCGUCGUGCGUUGGAAGCAGCCAAUAGGAGAGCUCGUGGGUUCAGCGUAGCGGAGCUGUGUGAGGGGCUCGCAAAGUUAGCAGUCAACGAGAAGAACAAGAAAAAGAUUGUAGAAAAGGAAGCUUUACCUCUGCUGGUAAAGGUGUUGGAGACGGGGAACGAGUUGGAGAAAACAGAGGCUGCCAACACGGUGUGGACACUGGCGUUUGAUGACGACGUCAGGGAAAAAAUCAUGGCGGAACCAGAGCUUGUGCCCAAUCUGGAGAAACUAGAGACCAGUACUAAUGAAUCCCUCAAAUCUGCUGCUCUCGGUGCAUUAUGGGUAAUCAGGAAAACAGGAGAGGAGAGACCAAAGACUGCUGCUAAAAAAUCCAAAGAACGUCAACUUCCACAUGUCAUGAUCAGUUACCAAUGGGACCACCAGAAAAUUCUCGUCAGCAUCAAGAAGAAACUACAGGCAGCAGGUUUUAAGGUGUGGAUGGACCUGGAGCAGAUGGGGGGUUCUACUCUACAGGCCAUGGCUGAAGCAGUAGAGAACUCUGCUGUUGUCAUCAUCGCCAUGUCACACAUGUACAAGGAGAGUCCCAACUGUAGAACUGAGGCUGAAUACACGUUCCAGUUACGGAAGGACAUCGUGCCUUUAAUGAUGGAGUCCCACUAUAAACCAGAUGGCUGGUUAGGGAUGAUCCUGGGAGCCAAACUGUACAUCGACUUCAGCGGGACACAAGCCUUCGACUCAGCCAUGGCCAAACUUAUCAAGGAACUGGGGGUGCGGGGGAGGGAAGACACACAGACAGAUGUUGUAGUUGCCCAAACGGCAGUGGAGGUGGGAGCAGGUGCCCCUCCCCCGGCGGUCAUGUGGUCAUCCUCACACCCGCUGGACAGGGAGGCAGAGUUCCUCAAGUGGACACAGGAAGAUGUCGCAAAAUGGCUGGAGAAACAUGACUUGGGAAGCUUAAAGAGUGAGUUUUCAGAGUAUGAUGGCAAACUCCUGCGAAGACUUCAAGGUGUAAGAAGUGAGGCUCCAGAGUUUUUCUACACCAUGCUGACCACUAAGAUGGGACUGAAGACCAUGCCGGAUGUUCUAAAGUUCACUGAGGCUCUUGACAACCUCACAAUCUGAUUGGCUGUUGUUAAUUACAUUGAUGACAGGCCAACAUGAUUGGCAGCAUGUAUUGGUAUCAAAAAAGUUUGAGAGGGAUAGCAUAACACAUAGAGAAUGCAGCGAGGGGCUAGUCCACUGGUAGUGGUGUACAUGAUGUUUCGCUGCUAUACAAGCAAUCACCGCAUCACA